UGAUGUUCAAGUUGGGCUUCAACUAGAGUUGGGCUGGGCUUCGGUUAUUGUGUCAUUCGUAUGGUUUAUUCUUCAAGCUAAGAACACAAGCCACAAACUGCUAAUCCUCAAUUGCAAGUACAAAGGAAGCUGUGGAAAGCAAGGGUUGGAGAAAGACCAUGAAGUUGGAGCUGUUGCUUGCAGCAAAGAAUCACACUUGGAAGCUAAAACACCAGUCAAGUGAUGGAAAUUGGAGGAAAAUGGGAGUACAAGAAGAAGCUCAUUAAGAAAGUUGUAAGGAGGAGUCUGCUACCCUUGGUCACUCGGCAUGCCUGGCCGAUGUGUCAAUCAGAUAUCAAGAAUGCUUGUUUUGAUUUGGGGGGCUAGUGACAAAGGAGACCAGCAUGAUGCUCGGGAUAAUACGGAAGAAAAUGAGGUGAGAAACCUGAGAAAACCAGUAGAGCUUGCUCAGUACUACCUAGAUGGGGCUGACGAGGGUCUUGAGGUACUACUCCAGCUUGGAAGUUUCUUCAGAAUAUAUCAGGUAUGGACUAUGGAGUCUAUGCUGUAGAGGAAUACUUGAGAACUAAAGUUAAGACGAGAAAGACCAACAUUGAAAAGAUAUCGAGAGUUUACCGUGUCAGCAUUGACCCUCGAAGAGUGUACCUUAGUAGUCCUACCGAUACAGAGUUCAAACCCUCAAAGCAGGUUGUGGUUGAGUUUCGUGAACUUGGCAAGGUGAUAUACCUUAUGAGAGCAGAAAUACCUCAGGUUAGACAAGGUUUGAUUAUGGGUCCUAGAAGAAAUGUGAUUGAGCAAGAAGAGGAGAUUGAAGUUGAUGGCAACCCUCAAAUUUCUGCAGAGGCAGUGGAUUUGCAACCGCAAGAGUUGGUGGUUGCAGGGGAGGAAAAAAAGCAUGCGAAGAAGGUCUUUGAGUGGCUUCAAGUGAUGGAUUUGAUAAGUAUGAGAUAUUGGGUAAACUUGUGUGCAGAUGAUCAUAGCUUGGUUAUCACAAGGCAAGGGGCAGAUGUAUUACUUGUGACUCUAUGUAAGAAUGGGUUGAUGUUUCUGAACACUAAUGUUGUCUUUGAGAUGAUAGAGUUGGUGAGAGGAAGGUGCAUGCAUGAAGGAACGUUUCUGGGCUUCCAAGAGAGGCAUAAGAUAUCUGAUGGAGAUUCCAAGCUAUGGAAUUUUUUCUGGAAGGAAGACAGAGGUGAAGCAUGUUAAUGAGAUUCCAAGCUAUGGAAU